AUGAAAGACAAAGCAUUCGAUACCAAAGGAAAAAUCGAUACACUUAUUUCCGAUAUUCUUCCUCGUGAUCCAUUUGUUCCAAAGGCACCACUUGUUGAAUGUAAUGAUUUAUAUGAAUCAAUUAUUGUAGCUGAUGUUACAAGAGCCAUUAAUGCUUUGCAAGGAUCACCAGACCUUAAACUUGCAGAAUCUUGUGCAAAUGAUGCUAAUAAUAAAGCCAAUAUAUGUGAGCUAAAGUUCAAAAAUGGGGAUUCACCUCUUACUGAUGAUAACAGUGAUAUGAAUGAUGCAGCAAAAUUAGCAGCAGCUAUUGUUCGAGUAUCAAACCACUAG